GUUUUAAUUUUUGGUAGUUACAGAAACUGCCCAGCUGAUGGUAUGAAUUCUGUAAUCCAUGUUUGCGACUCUUCCCCAGACCGCUGUUCUCCGCCUCUAUGACGAGUUAGAUCACUCCGCGUCCCUCUGUGCUACUGUUCCACAAUCUCCCCAGAUGCCCACCAUCACAACGCUGCCACCCACUUAUCGAAUACCCAAACGGGCACUGCCGCUGCUUGUGCCAAUAUCUUUCAUGGUGAGUACCCAAGCUAGUCCCUCCAAUACUACCGUACCGUUCAUGUGCAGGGAUCUGCAGCGGGUGCUGCCGCUACGACAGCUCGCUUUCCAUGAGUGUACAACCGAAUAGCGGUUCCCUGUGCGACCGAAGACAUCAAUUUGUUUGAUCGGUGUGUUUCAGGCGCAUGCAUUCCCAUGCGGCAUAUGCUGGAUUGAACUUUGGGUGCAGGAAAAUUGAUUUCUUUUCCCUGUUCUGAUCUGUUUUUACAUAGAAAAACGGGGGCCAAAGAGGUAUCUCCGUGGGGGCUUGAGCGGAG